AUGGAGAAGGAAAAUCCGUUGAGGAUGAUGCUCAUGGUGUGCACAAUAUAAUUUGGUCUGAAUAUGUGCAUCGCUGUGGGAAACGUCUACGUACCACCUCUAUUGAUGCAGAGAGGCAUGGAGAAACAGCACAUGACCAUGGUGUUCGCGGGGGCCCUAGUACUAGCAUUGAUCUUUCUACCGGUCAUUGGCGUAGCGAGCGAUUCGUGGCAGGGUCAUUUUGGUCGUCGCCGGCCGUUUAUCUGGGUGUUCAGCCUGGGAAUCAUAAUAGGGCUGGAGCUCAUGCCAGGGGCCGCGCACCUGUCCUCAAAACCCUGGCUGAUAUCCGCUCUGCAGGCUGGAGCUGUGUGUCUGACAGACUUCUGUGCGCUGGAUUACGCCGUGGUGAAGGCUGCUAUCCUUAGGGCUUACGAGCUUGUGCCGGAGGCGUAUAGGCAGAGGUUUCGCGCUCUUAGAAAGAACAAUGUGCAGACCUACGUGGAGUUUGCUUACGAGAAGGAGAUGUUGUUUGAUCGUUGGUGCGCGUCGGAGAAGGUGGACACUUUGGUUAAGAUGCGGGAACUCGUGCUUCUUGAGGAGUUUAAGUCCUAUUGUUUGCCCGAUAAUGUGGCGAUGUACAUUAAUGAACAUAAGGUGACUGAGUGCUCGGUGGCUGCGAGCCUUGCGGAUGAGUUUGUGUUGACGCACAAAGUGCUCUUUGACAGACCUAAUUAUCCCGUGCGCAGUGUGGAGAGUAGACCGAGGUGGGGCUUGGGUGACAGGCCUGUGGCCUCUGGCGGUGGCAGUGUGGGCGAGGUUGCUAAGCGGGGAAUGAGGGGAGAAAUGCCAGAGUCUGGGGCGGUGGAUGUCCUGGCGGAUGCGUAUCCGAGGGUGUUCUCCUCAUGUGCAGUCACGCGGGCCAUGGUUAUUAAGGCUCUGGCCGAGGAAAAGGACGACGUGGACUUGUUUGAUACCAUCAUAGCGACUGUUAACGGGGUGCCUGACUGUCGUGACCCACUUAUGGAUAAUCCCCAGGGUGCAAUAUGUGAUUCUGCCGUGGACUGGAGCCAAGCACACAUUUCAAUAUACCUGGGAGGGCUGGAGACCUUCAUCUUCACCCUGUUAACCCUCGUCUUCUUCAGCUGCGUUCUCACCACCGUCUUCAUCCCAGAGAAGAAAGAAACCAGAGGAGGAGGGAGUAAGACCUUGCAAAGCAGCAGAAUCUGCCCUCGCUCGUCCCUCAGUCUACCGAGGUGUUUCCUGGUCAAACUGGGCGGGUGUGCAUCAGCGUGUUCCUCAGUGUUACCUCGUGCUGACACAGCGUUUGUGAGCGUUCCACCAAUCAUUAAGAGACUGUUUCUGUUGGAGCUGUGCAGCUGGACAGCACUGGAGAGCUUCAUGAUCAUCUUUGGUGAUUUCAUGGGUGAGGGAUUGUACCGCGAUGUGGCGAGCGCAGAGACGCUGUCACAGGAAAGACUAAACUACGAUGAAGGUGUGCGUAUGGCCAGUCCGGCUCUCUUCCUGCAGUGCGUGGUGUCCGUGCUCUGCUCCGCCAUUAUGGACCGAUGGAUUUCUCUGCUGGGGGCCAGGCUGGUGUACAUCAGCACUGCAGUGUGGCUCUGAUGGUGUUGGCCACCGCUUGGUGUAUCAGACAGUGUGAUGACAGUUACUGUCAUGGCGGCUGUAACAGGAUACACAGUCAGCGUCCUUCAGGUGGUGCCCUUCACACUGCUGGUUCUCUAUCACUCAGAUAAACAGGUGCUGCCGUCGCUGUGCCAGGGCUAUAUCGUGCAGCUGGCUCGCACUGUGAGGGCCUACAUGGUCUCCGGCUGCUGCUUCAGACUGCCGGCCUUUCUCUACUCCACCAAGAUGCUGACCUCCAACACUGACCCGACCUUGGGUUGA